AUGUCUCAGGAACCCAUUCUUCUCGAUGUCGCAGCGGCGACCAGUAUUCAUUCAGAGGCUGCAGCCCUUACCGGCUUCAAGGACCUAUUGUUCGGCUCGAUUGCUGGAAUGAUUGGCAAGACCAUUGAAUACCCAUUCGAUACUGUCAAGGUACGGUUGCAAUCGCAACGCGACGACGCCCCACUGCGAUACCGUGGACCACUCGACUGCUUCCGGCAAACAGUAGCGCAGGACGGAAUCCGAGGCCUCUAUCGUGGAAUCUCGUCGCCUCUGGUAGGAGCUGCUGUUGAGAACUCGGCACUGUUCUUUAGCUACAACAUCGCGCAAAGCUUCGUCAAAAAGACCCUCUACCCGGCGAUCCCAGAGAACGAAAAACUCCCGCUAAAUGCGCUAGUCUUCUGCGGUGCCGCCUCAGGCGCCUUCGCCUCCUUCAUCCUCACCCCGAUUGAGCUUAUUAAAUGCAAAAUGCAAGUGCAGACGAUUGGGUUACAGCGCCCUAUCUCCUCCGGAGCCAUUCCUAGUGCAACAGCAGGAAUCCAUACUGCAGCGGUCCGCCAUGCGGGGCCUAUUGCGCUUAUUGGAGAGGUGUACCGCGUGUAUGGGGUUCGCGGGUUCUGGCAUGGUCAGUUUGGAACCUUCCUUCGGGAAACCGGAGGUAGCGCAGCGUGGUUCGGAAGUUAUGAAUAUAUGAGCGGGAUGCUGCGUGGGUUGAGUGGGAAGAAGACGAACUCUGCUGGGGAGCAGAUGAUUGCCGGUGCUACGGCGGGUGUAAGCUACAACUUUAUGUUCUACCCUGCAGACUCAGUUAAGUCUCGUAUGCAGACCGAAGCCAUCGGCGCCAAGGGUGAUAAGAUGGAAUCCUUCUUCACGGUCGCAAAGAAGAUGUACCAGGCCGGCGGCAUCAAGCCUAUGUAUAGAGGCUGUGGCAUCACAUGCAUGAGAAGUGCGCCCUCUUCAGCAAUUAUUUUCUUGGUCUAUGAGAGCUUGAAGUCGUAUUUCGCUUAA